AUGCAGAUGAUCCUACACUACGGGUAUCACUCUAGGUCCCCCAAACCCAACCUUACGAGCAUGGAGUCAGCCGUCACCGCAGAACCCAAUUGGAGCAGCCCAAGCCUCACCACCUUGCCGCGGGAAAUUCGAACCCAGAUCUAUCGCCAUCUCGUCGUCAGCUCUAAAUCAGUCAAAGUGUGCUAUGAUUACCAUUCCGUAUGGCUAUAUCCGAAAGCCGGGAGGCAAAACAGAGACGUCAGCACUGAGUUCCUUUGCCAUGCGGUAGAGGGUUCCGAAAUUGCAGUUGAGGUCUACGAGGAGUUCUUUCGCAACAACACCUUCGACUGCGGCAGCUGUGAGAAUUUACGACGAUUUUUGACCACUACGACCACCCGCUUCAACCUUUAUAACAAUUUAUUUCCUAAUACGUCGAUUCACGGGUACCUGAAGUUUGAAAAGAAACCGUGGAUACGCAAGGUGCAUACCCCCUAUGACGACGUAUCCUUUGUGUGCCACCGCGACCAACAUCUCAAAUACUUGUUAUAUACAAAAAGUCAAAUCUUGCCUUAUAUUUAUGGAUACAUCUACCCGCCACCAGUGCUUAAUAUCUCUAUACACACCUCAUCCAACGCUAAUCCAAACGUCACUGCAAAAAGUGCUCCACAGAGCAUCGAGAAGGUCAACCUUAGCUGGCAUGGUCAAAGUCUGCAAGCUCACCGUGACCACAUCUCAGUUUCCCGCUUUGACUUUGUUCGAAUGAGAAAUGCUGAUUCAACGAAGAAUGAAGCCAUCAUCGUGCCUCCAGUUGCAGAAACCUCUCCAACGAACCGUGAGCAGCAUUUGACCGAAUCUGGGUGUGGCUUCGUCAAGGCCGAUGCUGACGUGACAGUCAGCGUGCCUUUAAAUCCUUGA